UUCAAAUACAAACGGUCGAAAAGCAAGCGACAGCAUCAAUAUUACAAACCAAAAUAUGUAAACAAAGUACAAUAUUUCUAUUAGGAAGCGGUAUUCAUUGAAGAAAAAGAUGUUUGAACGAAGAAAACUCACAUACAGCGCAAGAAAAUCGACUUGCCCAAGAAAAAGUAAUUUGCCGAUAUCAACGAAUCGUUUAUCAAACGUUCUGCAAACAACAAAUCUUACACGACAAUCAAAUGUAUCCCGACCAUCAUCUGGUGGCCAUCGACUGGCAGCUCAAUUCAGCUCAACUCGGUCAUCAAGUGCCACACGACUCUCAAGCAAUACAGCUGGACCUUCAUUUGGUGGUUUACGUCGAUAUGGUAGUGAUAAUUAUUUGAAUACACCGAGUCGUUUCACAUUAUCGACACCGUUACGUGGUCGUUCGCCGGGUGUACGUCGUUCGAUAAUGCCGCCAGACAGUUCACGAAAAUCAAAACAUGGAAACAUACUGAAAGUUCAAGAAAUUCUGCAACAGGAUGGAUCAUUCUUUGGUGAUUUGAAUCUCAAAAAUGGUGACUUGAAAUCGAUGACCAUCAAUCAAUUUCACAUGAUCAUGGAUCAUUUUAUUCGUUUAAUUUGCGGCAAAAAAUUGGUUUCAUUUAUCAAAAAAGAUGAUCCGAAUCCGAUUGCUGGCAUUUUAAAUUUUUUGGAGCAAGUACAGUAUCCGUUCACAGUCAACAAAUCAAUGUUAAAAACACCAAAUGCACCGCACACAUUUGACCAAAUUGUCACUAUGUUGCUGUGGCUUGCAGAUAUUAGCAGUGUUUCAACUAUUGCUGCCGAUGACACACUUAUCCAUCAGUCUUUAUUGACGCGAGAUGAACAGUUACCAAAUGAAGAAUACACCGCAACCUUUUCGAAGGCGAUGCAAAACGGUUAUAAGUUAUGGGACAAAGAUAACGAUGAGCAUGAUAUUCUUAUCAAACGUCUUACAGAUGGUUUAAUCACCGCCAAAUUGGAUAACAAAGUGGCUUCAGAAGCGGAACUGCAAGCAUUAACUGAAAAGUUGAAAAUCAAAUCCAAAGAAUUACUUGAUAAUCCAGUUCAAUUGAAUAACAUCGAUCAAUUUGAACAAUUGGAAUCCAAGUAUCUCGAAUAUGAAACAAAGGAACAUGAUUUAAUGAAUCAACUUAGAGAUAAACGUGAUCGGUUGGCCGCUGUUAAUGUACUUUGGAAUGAUAAACGUGCCAAAAUGCAGCAAACUCAAACACAAAUCCAAGCACUUGCCAUUCAAAUUCAGCAACAAAAGUACAACAUCAAUGAUUACAAGAAGUUGAUCGAACAAGUUUCAGUAUUGAAAGAAGCGCUUUCUUCACUUGAAAAUGAGAAACGGCAUGUUCAAGACGAGGAAUCUAAUCAAUUGAUCGAACAUGCACGACUUGUAAAAGAUAUUUCCAAAGCAAUCACUGAUAUCAACAAUCGCGGCAUGCAAAUCAUAAAAGUGCUCAACAAUGCACGGAAAUUCGCUGACUGUUUUGGCGAUCGGGAACUGCAUAAAUUACAUUUGCCGGCAACGCCAUCAUUGAAGCAAGUCCAACAGGUCAAUCAAAUUCUCUCGCAAAUUUACAACGUAGUCGAAGCUCAAAAGUACGAACUAAAAUUGGAACUCGAUCAAGCCAUCAAUAAAUUGAAUGUUCUCAAAGCGGAAUCGACUGCAUUGACCAAAGAAUUCGAGAGUGUACAGAAAAAUUAUGAGAUUCUAUCAAAUGAGUAUAAAACAUUGGAGAAAAAAUCUUUGGUGAAAGGCAGAAAAAACGAAAAUUCUGUUCGGGACUUGUCCAAGCAAGCUGAGGACACAAAAGAAAAACUGCUGUCAUUGAAAGAGAAACUUAUGGUGGCACACGCAAAGGAAAAAAAGUUGGAAGAGAAAAACGCCAGACUUCUGACAGAUGGCGAAACACACGCGAUGAAAAUUAUUGUUGAAAAACAACGUUUGACUGAUCAGUUGGAUGACAUUGAUAGAAUGCUCGAUGCAAAGUUAGAGGGUCUGAGAUAUUUAUCGCAGAGUUGAAAUCACCUCAUGGAGGUAUGAGAAAAUUUGGAUGAAAUAAGAUGUGUUUAAAUAUUAAUAUUCGUUUUUGGUGGUCGCCCAAAAAAAAUGUUCGCAUUUAUAUUAGA